AGUUGUUCAACGCGGCAAAACAGUUUUGACUUGUGUUGGCUUUCUGGAGAAGUUCGAAGCUAUGAAAGGAAUUACUGCGUUUCUUUUUCUGUUACAGGCUACAGCUGUUAACACAGGGUCACACUCUAUCUGGGCAUUUGCAACAUUAAUACAUGGACAGACCCAAUUCCCAGAAUUCAGUGUAGCGUUUAUGCUGGAUGAUCUUCAGGUGCUCUACUAUGACCACGGCAUGAAGAAACUGAGCUCUCGAAGCCAAACAAGCUCAGCAAAUGUAGUUGAAGAUAUUAUCCUUUUAGGUGUAAACAUUGUGAUAGAAGACAUGUAUAAUUCCAUGAGCAGUCCAGCACACCGUGCAAACCUCCUCUCCAAUCACACAGGAGUUCAUGUUCAUCAGAUUCUGGGUGGAUGUGUGCUGGACAAUGACAAAGCCAGCCCGAUCACGAUGUGGGAAGCUUAUGAUGGAACCGAAGUGACACGCUACAACAUGCAUAAUCGCACAGUCAGCCCUCAAUGGCCACUGCUUAAGUGGAACACAGGGGAAAAAGAACUCUGGCUAAUGCAAUUUAGACAUAUUUAUCAGCCUGCUUGUAUCCGAAUACUGAAGUACUUUCUGGAGAAAGAGAAGAACAUUGUGUUAAGAAAAGAGCGCCCCAGAGUCAGGCUGAUCCACAAGCCAUGCACUGAGACUGGAGAAAUGAAGGUGAGCUGUCUGGCCACGGGCUUCUACCCCCGACACAUCAACCUGACCUUGCUGAGAGACGGGCAUCCCAUCCCAGAUGAGGAGAUGAUUCUGGGGGAAGUGUUACCCAAUGGAGACGGGACCUACCAGACAAGGAGGACCCUGCGUAUCCGUUCAGAGGAACUGAGAGAGAGACAUCAUUACACCUGCUCUUUCACACAUCUUACUCUGGACAACAAGCUGGACAUAAACUGGGUACCAGAAGAAGGCUCAGAUGUUGCAGUCAUCAGUUCUCUGGUUGUAGUGCUGGUUUUGGUUCUUAUCUUUUCCAUCCCUGUAUUUGUCAUCUAUAAGAGGAGACGCAGAGGUGAGAGGCAAUAUUCAUGGGGAUGUAUUGAAUGGGGAAAGGGUGAAAGAUUUUUUUAUCUUGAUCAUUUGUCUUUUUGCAGUCACUUUGUAGUUUCCUCGACCUCCUUUCUGAGAGUUGACCCUGCAUCAUGACUGCUUGCUAAAGUUUCAGAGUCAGAAGACACAGCUUCAUGUUCCUGUUUGUUCACACCACUGCCAUCAAGUGCACAAGUGUACUAUUAUCUGCGUAACAACAUAUAGUCUGCAGCACCUCUUAUUCUAUUUACACCUGUCAAGUUAUUCUGCAUAUACAAUUUACAGUUAUGUAUAUUGUAAUAUUGAAUAAUGUCAUUGAUUAGAAGGACAUGAGAGACACAGACGGAGAGUGUUUCUCAGUACCAAGAACUUGACGUCAGGACUCGGGUCCUUGUGAAGUAGCUCAUUUCAGGAGACCGCAAUUCCAAGAACACAAGGGCAGAGAAUGCAAUUGUAUGUAUUAGAGAUGCAAUCUUUAUUGAGUAUUAAGUAAUCUUUAUUUUGAUGAUUCUGCUUUUAUAAAUAUAUUUAGAAUUUUAUGUAUAUGGAUGUUAGUAAGUAAUGUUAUAUUUUUUUCUUUGGCCAAGUUUGGGAAAAAGAGAUCUGGCGAGUGUUUGAAAAGCUUCACAGGUCAAUGAUACUCAUCCCUCACCUGUCUUGGGGGUGAACGCUGAACAGGAUCUGACUGAGAGAUAGAAUUUCGAUAGGAUCUCAAUACAGGCACACAGAAACCGAUUGUAAAUAAUCUUGAGCUUCCAGUCUUUUUUAAUUAGUAUUAUUUUUCUUUA